ACAACAAAGGAAAAUUUUGAAGUGAGUUAACAGUGAUUGAAAUAUUUGCAGUGAGACUGUGACCGUGUUGGAAAUUUAAUUAAGCUUAGUGGUACCAUGAGUGUCACAGGAGGUGGAAAUGUCCGAGAUAGUAUUUAUGCGGGGUUUUUUGCUGAAUCGCCAAAGGUAUUUGAUUACGAUGGAGAAGACGGGGGUGAUGUGGUUACACCACUGUCUACAGGGCUACCGGUGCGAACGGGUCAAUUGGGCAGAAGCACCAGAACACCCCUAUCGAGAAUGGGAACCACAUCUCAGCUGACCAAGGCGAGACCAUCGACAGCUGUUCGCGGUGUGGGUUAUACAUCAGAGGCGUCACGGACAUUUGAACAUCAGGCACAGAAUAAAAAAUCCAUUGUUGUUGAUGCCAAAAAGCACCAGUCGCCUGAGGAGAAGUAUAGGGGUUUGGAGAAGAAGAUUCAGGAUCUACUGGAGCAGUCAAUUCUGCUCAGUACUGGCCCCAAGGCAGAUCUCCGGGGAGGCCUGGCAAAAGCCAAAGAGGCCUCCUCCCUCGACCGCAAACUCCUCCAGAUGAGAGAUCAAAGCAAUGGCAAUUAUGUCCACAAUUUCGAUUUAACCUUCUCUGUUUUGUUCAAUUUAGGCAAUAUCUAUGCUCUCAAUGAUAUGCACGUCGAGGCAUUGAAUACAUACAAUUUGGUGACAAAAAAUAAAAUGUUUUCAAAUGCCAAUCGCCUGAAAAUUAACAUGGGGAAUAUUUAUGUGAAAUUAGGUAUGUUUCCCAAGGCGAUUAAAAUGUACAGAAUGGCACUGGAUCAGGUUCCAAUUAAUCAGAAAGAGCUCCGUCUACGUGUCACUCACAAUAUUGGAAUACUCUUUGUGAGGAUGGGCCAGUACUCGGAUGCAGCGACCAGUUUUGAAUUUAUAAUGUCGGAAAAGGGGGACGUGAGGGCCGGUAUGCAUUUGGUCCUAUGCUACUAUGCCCUUGGCGACGUUGACAAAAUGAAGCGAGCAUUCCAAUUACUACUCGACGUCAGUACAGAAUUCGAUGAGGAUGAGAAGCUCAACGCCAUAUCCCCCAACGCAACGCAGGAGUACAUUUUUGAAACAAUCCGAUCGGAUGAGCUUCAACAGUGGGAACAGAAGCAGCAACAAUUCACGAGAAAAGCCAUCCUAAUGACCGCAAAUCUUAUCGCACCAGCUAUUGAAGAUUCAUUUGAUGAUGGGUACAAUUGGUGUGUGGAGGCCAUUAAGAAUUCCAAGCAUCAAUCAUUAGCGUCUGAGUUGGAUUUGAAUCGGGCGAUAAUGUUCCUCAAGCAGGAUGAUCCCACACAGGCUAUAGACUCACUGCAGUACUUCGAGAAGAGGGAAACCAACGUGGCUAUCAAUGCGUCCAUUAAUUUAACAUUCAUCUAUCUCUUGAUGAAUAAUUUGCAAAUGGCUUCGAAUUAUGCUGAAUCAAUGAGACGCUUGGAUUCUUACAAUCCGGCUACGCUCAUCAACAACGGCGUCUACGAAUUGAUGCGUGGUGACUAUGAAACCGCUAAGAGUAUGUUUGAGGCAGCCGUUGAAAUUGAUGCUACCUCAUUUGAAGCAUUGUACAACCUCGGAUUGGUCAAUAAGCGUCUCAAUGAUUUUGACGCAGCUCUUGGAUAUUUCCGAAAACUGAGCACCAUAAGUAUUCAUGAGGUUCAUCCACAAGUACUAUAUCAGAUGGGGAACCUCUAUGAAUUGGUUAAUGAUACAGGAGCUGCUCUAGAGCUCUAUCUCCAAAUGCUGGGAUCUCAGUUCCUGGAUGAUGAAAUCCUCCGAAAGAUUGGAUUGAUUUAUGAGCAAGAACCUGACCAACAAUUGGCCUUUCACUACCACUUGGAAUCCUAUCGGGUCAACCCGGUUAAUAUGAACACUAUUAAUUGGAUUGGAACUCACUACAUUCGGCUUCAGGUAGCUGAACGAGCUAUCCCUUACUACGAACGGGCAAUUAUGAACAAUCCCAAUAGUACUUUUUAUAUGAUAAGGACUGCUGGUUGCUGUAUGAAAGUGGGACAUCAUAAGAAAGCCCUACGCUUCUUUCAGGAUAUCUAUCGCAGAUUUCCGGACAAUGCUGAUUGCCUCAGGGCUCUGAUACGGAUUACUCAUAAUAGCCAUCCACAGCUCCAUGAGAAGUACAAGUUGGAGCUGCAGCGGCUGACAAAGACGAAGGACACGAGGAAGCGAAUAGGAAGUAGUGUCUCAUCCCUCAACAUGACAAUUGGCAGACGCACAACAUCGGCAAUAACUCAGGAUGGGGAUAAUUCUGCCUCAUCUGUCAAUUUCGGUGACUACGCAGAAGAGCACGUGGGCAGAACACCAGACGGUCCCAGUGACUUCUAUACAGAUCCCUUGGGUCCAAUGGCAGCCAGACCGAGAACAGGAAUGAGACCGAAAACAGGAACAUUUGACAAUGAAGACACUGACGAUGACAUUAAUCCCGAGGAGAUGCUGCCCCAGUAGAUGUAUCUCCUAAUUGGACAGUACUGUUGCAUUUUUUUCUACAGAUCUCUUUUUUUAUUUUACUCCUCACUAUGUAUGACUAAAAGGGAAUAAAAUGUUCUCCACAGAGUAUUCAAAG